AAAUGGAGCCAUAAGAACUUUUAAUAUUUUUAAACUUAGUUUAUGUAACAGACAUUUUAUAUAUAAUAAAUAGAUAAAAUAUUAAAUAUGAGAGUCAGUAAAAGAUAGAUUUUAUUAUAAAAAAAGAUAUUCUACAGUUAUAAGCGGAUCGUAUAUAAUAGUGCGGGUCAAGUGAGAAAGUAACCCAGAAUGAUAGAAAUUUCGAAAGAGAAAAGGACAGUUAAUAUCGAUGAAAACUCAAGAAGAGAAAAAGUGUAUGUGUGCGUGUGUAUAAAAAAGAUGGGAUAGGAGGGAAAUAGAGAGAAAUUAGUUUUAGAGUUCAACAUAGCUGUUUAAAAAGUGGAAAAACAGUAAAUAUACAAAAUAAGUUUUGAGGUAAUCGCUGUUAUUAAAAACAGACAGUUUAUGAAAAUUUGUACUGUCAAAAAUGGACUUUUGCUUCAUUUGUUAGUAAAGAGAAGUUUGUAUUUUGUUUUGAAAAGAGAAACAAAAAAAAAACACGUAAUGUCACAAGAGAAUGUGGAAAGGAAUGAGGGUGAUAGUGGGAGCGAAAAGAAGAUGAAGAGAAGUGAAGAAAGCCAAUAUGAACAAUACAGUAUAGAUGAACUAAAGAUCAUAAAAACAAUAGGAACAGGAACAUUUGGUCGAGUCGUCUUAUGUAAACAUCGAGGAGUUUCUUUAGCCCUAAAAGUAUUAUCUAUGAUUGAUGUAAUACGAUUGAAACAAGUGGAACAUGUCAAAAAUGAAAUUGCAGUACUGAAAGAAGUGAAUCAUCCUUUUAUAGUAAAUAUGGUAUGGAGUGGUCGAGAUCAGUCAAGAAUUUACGUUUUGUUAGAAUUUGUAGUAGGUGGUGAAUUGUUUUCAUAUCUCCGAGCAGCUGGAAGAUUUACUGGACCUACAAGUUGUUUUUAUGCAGCAGAAAUAGUUUGUGCACUUGAUUAUCUUCAUUCGAAACACAUUGUAUAUCGUGAUUUGAAACCUGAAAACCUGUUGUUGGACCAUGAAGGUCACUUGAAAAUUACAGAUUUUGGAUUUUCUAAAAAGUUGUCAGAUAGAACAUGGACACUAUGUGGAACACCAGAAUACUUGGCACCUGAAAUCAUUCAAAGUAAAGGACAUAAUAAAGCAGUUGAUUGGUGGGCAUUAGGAGUUUUAAUUUAUGAAAUGUUGGUGGGGUAUCCUCCAUUCUUCGAUGAUAAUCCCUUUGGAAUCUAUGAAAAAAUAUUGGGAGGAAAAAUUGAUUGGCCAAAAUAUGUUGAUCCUAUUGGGAAAGAUUUAAUUAAAAAAUUGUUGAUUGCAGAUAGAACAAAAAGGUUGGGUAAUAUGAGACAGGGAUCUGAAGAUGUCAAAAAACAUCGUUGGUUUAAAACGAUUGAUUGGCAAUUGGUUCAACAAAAAGCAUUAACACCACCAAUAGUACCCCAAGUAAAAACUUUAGAAGAUGCAAGUUGUUUUGAUAGUUAUCCAGAAAUUGAUUGGAAUACUGAAUUACCACCGUUGACUCCGGAACAGUUGCAGCUGUUUCAAGAUUGGUGAAGUUUAAUUAUCAGUUUUGAAUUAUUAUUUUGUAAAUAUGAAAAUGUUAAUACAUUUUUUCGAUUGUUGUUAGUGAAUAUUAUUGACAGAGUAGGAUGGGUAUUUGAAGUAAAGUGUGAUAGAUAGUAAAAUGAUUGAAUUCAAAAGUUAUUAGGAGUAUGAGAGUGAAGAAAUAAAAUUAAUAAAUAAUAAAUAUUUAAUUAAGAUAAAUGACUUGUAAUUAAUAAUAAAUUUGAAGUCAGAGAACAGAAGAGACUGGUAGUAGAUAUGCUAAUUUUGUAAGAAGUUUAAUUUAUUAAAUGAAUAGAGAGAAGCGAAA